AUGAACCAUAACAACGAUCAAAUCCCACUGCGGCCGUCUAGCAGAGGGCCCCAAGACCACCUGGCGCGACAACACUAUGCUUACCCUGAUUAUCUGUUCCCGCAACAGAAUCUCCACCAGGACACUGAAAGACCGCCUGCUGACCAUCAGUCGCUCGACACAACCUCCCAAACGCUUGGUGCAGCAUUUCAGCAAUACCCAUCCGGGACUGACCUGGCGUUUUCUCCCAUAGGUAACCCCCUGGCCAUCUACGACUACCCACCUCCCACUCACCCCCUGGCGGUCCAGCACCAACAGCCAAAAGUGGAGUAUGCAUUUCAAUUUAAUCAGUUGCCGUCUGAGCGACAAACACCGGGCCAGAAUGUUCAUACUCCGGUUCAUCGUUCGCCGAUUCGUAACCAGAAAGUUCCACAGCAGAUGGCUCACCACAUGAGUCCCAGCUACAGGGUCUCUCACAUGUCACCCAACCAAACGGGCCAUAUGACUCCUGCUCUGCAAAUCUCGCAGGUGCUUCCUCUGGGCCAGCUAGCUCCUUCUGUUCAUUUAUCGCCACACGGUAUUCAGUCAAGUGUAAGCCGUGGAAUGGGCCAGAGUAUCUCGCCUACUGGACCUGCUAUGGUGCACCAUCCUUUGCAAGAUGGCUCUCCUGUCGUGCAAUCUAACAUGCUUAGAACUCAUUCUAAUCCGCAUAUUUCUACAUUACAGCAAAUGUCUGAGGUGGUACCCCUGAUGUCAGGGAGUAUCAAAGAAGAGGUCAAUUCGCCACAUUUCGCCUACUCAGAGUUGGGAAGUAGCUUGCAAGAACGCUCAAUGAGCUCGGAACCUUUGAGCCGGAAAAGAACCAGAACAGAGGGCCCUGAGGACCCGGACGCAACCUUGAAGGCGUUGACAUUAAAAGUUGGCGCCCUUCCACUCCGCGACUUGGCCUCCAAAAUUAAGAACUUGGAGUCAAAUGACUUGGAAUUGAAGUCUGACCCCUUGGUCUCUGCAUUGAUUGUCUCUAAGGAUACGAAGCAAGAUAUGCCCUUGCAAGUCUUCGCCAUGUGUUGGGUCCAACUGGCAUGCGAAUCCUCUCAUACUUCAGUGGUUCCAAGAAACAGAAUAUAUGCUCGUUACGUUCAGCAGUGUGCCACUUCCAACUUGAGUCCUUUGGCUCCAGCAAACUUCGGUAAGGUCCUUCGUGUUUUGUUUCCAAAUUUGAAGACUCGUCGGUUGGGCAUGAGAGGCAAAUCGAAAUAUCAUUACUGUGGAAUUAAGUUGAUCGGCGACCAGUCCCAGGCAGGAUCACCACGAUCGACUUACUCCAUCGGGUUGGAUUCACCCCAGUCUCUCAAUCCUCAAACCCCUCCAUUUGCUGGAAGUCCCAGUGUUUCCAACUCCUGGGGCACUCCAUUUUCAUCGAUGCAAGUUCAAGAGUACUUCCAAGUUGUGGACCUCAAGUAUUUGCCUACCCUUUUCACCGACAUUGAAAUGUCCAUGGCUAAUGAUUUUAUGAACCAGCCAUUGAGCAUUCCAUCUAUAUACCCAUAUCUUCCAAAGGAAGAGGAGAUGGACUACGAUAUUGCUGAUACAUUGCAUUCCUUAUAUACGGUGCAUUGUACAUCAUUGUUCGAGCUGUUGAGAUACAUGCAAGUGGAUAAGAUGUUUGGAAUGACUUCUCCCUUUAUUGCCAUUCUUACUACCCCUGUUAUUAAGCUUUAUACAAGUGAAUCGACACUUGAGUGGGUUAAAGUCUGUGACAUGAUAAUGUACAGAGCUAUGCUCAAGAUGUUGACAAGAUUGCACUUGCUGACUGUUCCGGAUGAGAUUCUUCUACCUUUAAAAGAGGUUGUUUGCAACUACGUCAAUAAAUUGUCCGAAGCAUACAACAGCAAAUUUCCAAAGCCGUUCAGAAUGAUGAAACUUGCGGUCGCGCGUCAAUUUGUACAGAUUUUGAAACGUUUGAUUAAAUGCAUAGAAACUGGAUCAUCUGCUGCAAAGAUCCUUUCCAACACAAACGAGAAGAAUGUCAUGCUCGCCGAUUGGUUACAAUUGGAUAUGCAUGAGAUUGUUAUGAGAGAAGUCCCAUGUGCACUUGACAACUCAGAAACACUUAUUGAAAUUUUGGACACGAAGUUGGUUAAGCUUUUCGAGGACAUUGGUCCUCUGGAGUCGCCUGUGUUGAAACCUUAUGCAUCGUUUCUAUUUGAACUCCCAAGCAAAUUUUCUAAGUUAAACCCUUGGCUCUUCACCUUGGUAUGCUCCAAUCUCCUCACUACAUGCCUCAGAGAGAUGAGUUUAAGUGGGGCUAGAAGCUUCGGGUCGUGGUGGGUUGUUAGAUGUUGGGUUGAUGAAUACUUAUCGUGGUGCCUUGAAUUAGGAGGCUUUUUGUACGAUGAGUUCCGACCUGAUUUUGAAGAUGCCAUCAAGGAAGAACACGAACGUCCGAUAAGUGCUAACGUAAGUGCGUCUUUAGAGACUACUGGUCAAGAACAGGCUAAGACAACCAGCUUUGUUGACUUGUUGGACGGCUUGCAAGGCGAACUGAGAAUGCACUAUCAUGAAAGUGACUGGUUGUCUUAA